AUGGAUGCCGGAGCCCCAGGGGCCAGGGGAGGCCCCGCCGGCGAAGUCGACCGCCACCUCCUCGCACUGCCGGACGCCGACUUCCCCUCGCCGAGGAGACAAGCAGGCGUCUUGCAAAGGAACAGCUCCAUGGGAACGUCUGACGGCUCGAUGGUCCUCGACCCGCCCAGCGGCCUCACGCACGCCGCUUCCUACUUCGGUAGCGUCGCCGACGAUGACGAGGCGGCGGGAGAUGACAUUUCUCGCUCGCCCGUUGACUCGCACUACGACGCUCAGGAUGAUGUGGAUAGACUUUCCGACCUCGGAAACUUCAUACAAGGCGGCCUCACAGGUCGAGCCUCGAACCUCUGGAACUACUUCGCGCAGCGGUCGUCCUUCGCCAUUGACAACUUCCUUCAGCAGCACCGACUGCAGCAGCCGUUUGCGGGGCAGGCCGCGUGCCAGGAGGAGCUUCUCACAGAUAGGUCGCCUUCGUCCACCGCUGAAGAACUCAGAGCUCUGAGUUACCCCAAAUACGUUUUUCUCCUUCUCACGAGCUUCUUCUCGACCGACCUCGUCAAGCAGAAACUGUCCCGGAUCACCUUCAUGGAGGCCCUCGAGCACUUUGACCUAUUCAAUGAUCUCUUUUUCUUGAUGCGCGUCGCGUGGGCAAUUCAUCGAGGGAUUCACUGGCGAGAGAACAACAGUGCGAAAUUCGUCAUGGCGUGGCUUGUUGCCACCUACAUCAUUUCGUGCUGCGCGUACAGCCUCCGCCGCUUUCUCAUCUACAACCGCAUCUCUCAAAAGUUCACAUCGCUUUUCCAUCCAUUCCUGGUCUUCAAAGAGAUUCGUCGUGCCGGAGAAGAAUCUCCCGAAGUUCUCUUUAUGUUUGAAAGGCUGUGCUGGACAUACCAGCUCUUGAUGCGAGUAAUUGAGGAUUUGCCGCAAGUCCUCCUUUCCAUUCUUUUCCUCAUAAACCAAGGACGAGAUACAUAUGCCAUGAUCAUGAUUUCAUACAGCAGCACUAUGUUCUUCAUCACAACGAUUCGAAUGGGACUACGAUAUCCUUUUAAGGGCACGCUGUAUCUCCUGCUUUCUUCCGAACCGCCGGUCGAUGAUCCCGUCGCGCUUGAAGCGGCUCCCACGACCUAUUACAUGACUCUUUUCAUGAGUGGAGUUUUCGCUCUCUGGUCCGUCACAUAUCUCUUCACGCUGCGAUACGUCAACAAAGUCUGGCGCGUCUUGAUGAUCAUGCUGGCAGCUGGCUUCGCUCUUCUGAGCCUGUUUUGUCUGCUGCUCUUCGUCUACUAUCGACGCCAGAGCGAAGUAAAUGUUGACGAGGCUUUUCUCGGUGGAGCGUCUCGAGAAGGAGAGAACCAGAACGGACAAGGGCGGUCUUCUUUAGUUUCGGAGAUAUAG